AUGGACGAGCUACACUGGUUCUCCACCAGCAAAGGUGCGGCAAUCAUUGGACAUACCGCAGGUGGUACGGUAAGGGUGUACCGGACGUGCUUCAAACAUACGAAAGAGCUGAACGCCACCAAGCUUAUCGAGCUGUACCUCAAGAACAGACCGGCGGAUGUGACGAUGCCGACGGUGAACUCCCAUCACCAAGGGUUGGCCUUCCUGGCGCUCGAUUCCUCCUGGCUAAUCUGCCGAGUGGUGCUAUUUCCCAAUUUGUUUAUCAAGCACUUUGCAUUCGCACCGACUGCAGCUGGCCCGACUGAUCCCGCCCGGGGUCUAACCGCUUCCACAACUACGGCCACGGCUAGCCAUCGGUCCCAUCGAUGGUCAUCGACGAUGGCGGCGACACUCCUGGCGCAUACGGCACUCGACAAUGAUUUACUGAUGGCGAAUGUUGGUUACCCUAAUGCCACGCCUCGAACGGUCUUCGUGCGCCUCGGUUCACCCGGCUCGAACUGCUACAAAUGGGCUCUGGCGCCCAAUGGCCGCAUGCUAGCGAAUGUGCUGGCCAGCGGUGAGGUAUUGCUACACAAUUUGCAGCACUACGCACUGCAGUGCCCUACAUCGGAGCCACCAACCGAAGAACGAUCAUUUCAUCGGAAUUCAACCAACAGCAUAGGUGUGAAGACACGGUCCUCAUCACAUUACUACUACUCCACCGUGGCCACCGGUUCCGGUUCGACCCUCGGUACACCGUCGACGCUGUACGCUGAUGAGCUACGGGGUACCCAGUCGCGGAUCGGCGAACCUGGGGAACGACGCCGGAUGAAAACCGUCCACCAAAUGGAUGCAGUGCAAUCGGAGAUUACGCGAACGUUGCCAAAAGAGCGAUUGCUUCCGAUACUGAGGGAGUACGGCGAAUAUCCGGCACGCCAUCGGGCCACCAUCUGGCGCGCCGUGCUGGAGUUACCGGGCGAUACCGAAAGCUACGGUGCGUUGCUGCAGCGCGGUCAGCACCCGUGUGUGGCGGACUACGAGAACCGGUACGGUGGUGCGUCCGGCCACGGGUACGAUCAGCGUACCGUGCGCAAUCUGAAGAAAAUCGUUUCCUGUCUGGCCCACUGGUGUCCCGUGUUCGGGUUGGUCGAUUACGUUCCCGACUUUGUGCUGCCAUUCGUUCGCCAUCAGCCUACCCUGGACGCACUGGCAGUGUUCGAAACCGUGGCAACGGUUCUGCUGAACCAGUGCCAGCUUUGGUUCGAAUUUGCUCCUCUAGAACCAUUCAACUAUCUCGCCCUCGUCGGCAGCGUGCUGGACGAGUGUGAGCCACGGUUGGCGCACUUUUAUCGCCGGCACGGUAUCGAACCGCGUGCCUACGCAUUGCCACUCAUGCAGACGGCCUUCCUGCGGUGCUGCGCCGAGGAUGAUGGCCGAGGCCGGUCGGACUGGCAGUGUCUGUGGGAUCACGUGCUCUCGAACGAACCGUACUAUCCGGUCUUUCUAAUUGUGGCGUACAACAGUCUGCAGCGUGGUGCACUGAUGAAGUGGUCACACCGCGGUCCGCCAACGCCCGACGAUAUCAGCGAGUUUUUCCGCCACCGGCCACCCACCGUCGAUGUGCGGCACGUCGUACGACGUGCGUACGAGCUAAUGGACCGGCAAUACACCGGAUCCAUCCAUCCUCGGCAUUACAUUAAAUCAUUCGUGCCACUGAACCACACGUCAGCGAGUGGUGGCCGGCCAUCGGCCCGUGCGCGAAUCGAUUCCAGCUCAUCGAACUCCUCGAGUGAUCCGCUCCGUGGCUCCGAGACGACCGAGGCGGCGUCCUCGGACGGUGACGUGGAUGCGGCUGCACCAGCAACGUACGCGUGUUUUAGCAAUUUUCCCAAAAAAGCCACCGAAGCACGGUGUGCCCAGAUCGGUGCGCUGCAGGCCGAACAGCGCCGGAUCGAGGCGAAGAUCAUUGAACUGGAAAAGCUGGAACACUCGCUCCAGGACCGGAUGGUGAAUGAUUUGAUCCGACAGGAACACGAGCACCGGCUGCAGGAGGUGGAGCGUGACUUUGAGGCGGCCAUCACGAGGGAAGAGCAACGCGUCGAGAUGCAGCGGAAAUUGCUGUUGCUGCACCGGAAGCAGCUGCGCGAACGCGAAAGCGAACUGUCGCUCGAUCUGCACAAUGCCAAACUCAUCGGUGACGCCACGGUACGGGAGCGCGAGCUGGAAUCCUUGCUCACGAAGCUACAGCGUGAGAAAGAACGCGAAGAAACGGAGCUGCUGUUUGCCGAGGAGCAUCUGAAGCUGAGGGAGCGCGAACAGCUGGUACACUAUGUGGCGGCAGAAUCCGGCCACUCCGGGCACCCCACCGGCAACCGGCCGUUGGAUCAACGGUAUCAGAGCGCGCUCGAGCAGCUGGCGGUCCAGAAGCAGAAACUUUACGAUGAAAUCGAUCGCGCAUACUCCUCGCUGGGCGCGCCAUCCACGGCCAACGAGUACACGUACCGCACGGUGUCGGAGCUGCGGAAGGUAGCAACCAUUGCCGGUGAAGAACGCUAUCCGACGGACCAGCACCAGCAGAAGGUAGCACUCGCGGUGAUUCCUAACGACGGCGAACAGAUUGCCGCCACCGCCGCUGCAGCUACAGCUCGAGCGAAGGAUGAAACGACGAGCCAGGUCAAGCUGUACGAGGAGAAGAUGCGAAAGAUGGAGCGGCAGGUGAGGGUGCUGGAGCAACUGAAGAGUGAUAUCAACCGUCGGAAGCCCUUCUUCUAG